AGUACAGGUAACCCCCCUGAGUAGACAACGCACAAGAGCCCCAUAUGUAGACACUGAAAAAAUCGAAAUGCUGACGCUAAUUUGGCAAAGAAACUAUCAUUGGUUUCUCAGUUGAGUAGUUUUAAAUAGCCAUCUUCAGAUGUAUGGUAAUUUUAGAAUGUUUUCAUCUCUGUUUAUGUGUUCGGUCAGGUUUUAAACCAAUGGUUGAGGACCUGAGAGGAAAAGGGAGGGAAGGAAAAGCGGAACUUUUUUUCUGAGGAGGAGGGGGUCUGUCAGGUUGAAUUUAUUGUGGAGGAUUUCUGGUUUCUUGGGAGAGCACACAGCCAAGUGUACAAUUAGGAGACUCUCUUUGGAUGCUGGAUUAUCAAUUUGCCAAGUAGUCUCUUGGGAUUAUUUCUUGACAGAUAAGUUUGGACUUUCAACAUCCAUAAACUUUAGACUUUAAGUGUUCGUAAAUGUUACGCUGUAAUUCGAAAGCAUUUAUUUAUUGACUGUUAAUUAGGUUACAAUGGUGUUUAAUCUGUGUCUAUUGUUUAUUCUGUGUAUAUUCUUUCUUGUACAGUGAGAGGACUCCAAGUAGAGUAUAGAAAUUUGUUUUAAAAUAUCAGUAAUUUCCUUCACUGUGAAUAGAGCCUGCAAGGGAAGUGUCCCAAAAGGGAAGCACCAGGAAGUUUUGGCUAGUCUGUUCCUUUUCCUCUGUCUGAAGUCUAAAUAAUUCAACCCAAAAAUAGGUAAUGAGAAAUUGACCUAUUUUCAGCCAGUUGAAAGAUAAGAGUUACCUAACUUUUUUUCCUGUUCAAUUUCCUGUUCUAAAACUAGGAGUCAUUGAAUUAGACAGUCAUUGAAUUACAUUUUUUGUCCUCUGCUGGCAUGAACUGGUGGGACUGUAAACAUUGUACACAGUAAUUUUUACUGCUAGAAUGUGGAAUAUGAAAUGUCACAAUGAAAGGUCUCUGAGAAAUGGGAUGGAAAUCUAUAUUUGAAGAUGCUGGAGCUGCAAGUUAAACUGACGCUUUAACCCAGGACUCUGGAUCAUCUUGGACCGAUUUACUUCAAUACCAAAGAACUGUGCUUGUAGACACUGAGGGGGAAAAUGAGGACUCAAAGUCUUGUCCUGGCUGGGCUCUGUGUGCUAGCCUGCGUCUGCCACAGCGGGGCCCUAUCCACCUGUCGACCUCUGGACCUGGAGCUGACAAGGAAGAAGCGGAUUGAAGCCAUCCGGGGCCAGAUACUCAGCAAGCUGAGGCUGCCGAAGGAGCCAGUGCUGGACAAGAAGGACGAGGGGGACAAAGUCCCGUCCGCUCUGCUGUCCGUCUACAACAGCACCGUUCAGCUGGGCGAGGAGCACACGCAACACAUGAGAGUACCCCAGCCCCGAGACGAGGACGAGGGGGCAUAUUACGCCAAAGAGGUGCACAAGUUCAACAUGAAACAGAGUGAGAACAGCACGAGGCAUCAGGUGCUGUUUAAUCUGGCGGAGAUGAGGUCCAGUUUGGAGACAGACCUGCUCUCUCAGGCAGAACUGCGGCUUCAGAUCAAGAACCCGGUCAUGGCCAACGGCACUGAGCAGAGGCUCGAGCUGUACAGAGGUACUGGCCCACAGGCCCGGUACCUGGGCUCGCGAUUCGUGUCCAGAGACUCGGCUGACCGCUGGCUUUCUUUUGAUGUGACACAAACACUUAGAGAGUGGCUUAAAGGAUCAGAAGUGGAACAAGGAUUCCAGUUUAAGACACACUGUGACUGUGGCGAGAAAAUGAAGGACUUUCUCUUCUCGAUUUCUGGCAUGGCCAAACUAAGAGGUGACACUGGGACUCUCUCAAUGUAUAUGCAAAAGCCUCACAUCUUAGUGAUGUCACUUCCUGUGGAGAAUCAGGAUGACCUGCCUUCCCGUAGGAAGCGCCAAACUUCAACUGCUGAAACCUGUUCAGAAAAGUCAGAGAAAUGCUGUGUAAGGAAAUUGUACAUUGAUUUCCGCAAAGAUCUUGGCUGGAAAUGGAUACAUGAGCCUGCUGGUUACUAUGCCAACUACUGCAUAGGUUCUUGUUCCUAUGUGUGGAACACAGAAAAUAAAUAUUCUCAGGUAUUGUCCCUGUACAAGCACCAUAACCCCGGAGCAUCUGCCCAGCCCUGCUGUGUCCCUCAUGUGCUGGACCCCCUUCCCAUUCUCUACUAUGUUGGCAGACAACACAAGGUGGAGCAACUAUCUAAUAUGAUUGUGCGGACGUGCAAAUGCAGCUAAAGAUACUGUCCCUGUCGGCCACUGAAGAAAUACAUUUAACAAAGAUGCAGUGA